AUGCCAAAUGGUUCAUACGCCUACAACUCCGGCAACGAUGUUCAGGAAGACGGGAAGACACUUGCAAGGCCCGCAGUGGCCGUGAGAGACCCCCCUCCGUACCCUACCUCUCGACGCAAGCUGCAAUAUCCAGACGACCUCGACACAAUCCGCGCCCGCGAAUACCCCCAACUCCUCCCCUCCGCCCUCUACCUCGAUCACGCCGCCUCAACCCCCCCACCCCUCUCCCUCCUACGUGCCCACCACCACACCCUCUCCACAACCCUCCUCUCAAACCCUCACUCAUCUCCCUACGCCUCGGCGGUCAUAGAUGCAGUGCGUGAGGAGUUAUUGGAGUUUCUGGGGUGUGAGGGGGGAAGAGCGGGGUGGGAAGUGGUGUGGGUUAGUAAUACUACGGCGGGGAUCAAGCUUGUUGGGGAGAUGAUGGAGGGGGCGUGUAGGGAUGGAGGAUGGGAUUUUGUGUAUCAUCGGGAGUCACACACUUCUAUCCUCGGCCUCUCAGGUCUCGCUUCGCACAGCACCUGCGUCGACGGACCACCAUCUUCUCACGCGGGACGACCGACCUUGUUCGCUUACCCAGCCCAAUCAAACUUUUCCGGAACGCGCUUCCCACCAACAUACACCCCCACCGCCUGCGCCCACGGCUAUCUAACCCUCCUCGACGCAGCCUCCCUCCUCCCCACAUCCCCACUGACACCCUACCUCGCCACCUCCCCCCCCGACUUCACCGUCCUCUCCCUCACCAAACUCCUCGGAUACCCAAAUCUUGCCGCACUCCUCAUCCGUCGGUCGGAGCGGACUGUGGAGAUGGUGAAGCGGAGGAGGUAUUUCGGGGGUGGGACGGUGGGUGGGGUGACGAGUGAUGGGUGGCAUGAACCUCGUGGUGAGAGCAUGGCGGAGGCGUUGGAGGAUGGGACAGUUAGCACCUCUGCGGUCUUGUGCGUGAGAGAGGGAAUAAGGUUCGUUAUGGAGACUUUGGGCGGGCUCGAACGUGUCCGGGCGCACACGUCGACGCUGGCGGCGUGGACUGCGGAGAGGUUACGCGCACUCCGUCACCCAGAUGGAGGAGGUGAAGUCGUGAGGAUCCACACGAGUGGGGAUUAUGCCGAUCCAUACACCCAAGGCCCCAUCAUCGCUUUCUCGAUACUUUCAGCUUCGGCCGAUGGUGGUGGUGUAGUGCCCCCAACUACUGUCGCCACACUCGCGGGGAUGGAGGGAAUCCAUCUCAGGACGGGUGGACUAUGCAACCCCGGCGCGACCGAGUUUUAUCUUGGGUUAACGCCGAAGGAUGUUAGGAGGGGGUAUUAUGAGCAGGGGACGCGGUGUGGUGAUGGGCGUGAUUUUAUUCGAGCCGUUGCGAAGCGGCGAGGGAAUGGCAAUGGGGCAGAGGAAGGGGAGGAGGAGGAAGUGGAGAGGGUUAGGGGUGUCGUCAGGAUUAGUUUCGGGGCGUGUACGACGUGGAGCGAAGUCCGUGCGUUCGUGGGGUGGGUCGAGCGGGUGUUUAUCUCUCCACCCUCAACAGCCCUCCUCACGCCUCCGCCUGACAACGAAGUGAAGAAGCAGGAGGUGAGAGUGGAGGCGUUGUAUGUGUAUCCGAUCAAGUCGUGUCACGCCUACGCACCUCCUCCACAAGAGCAACCAUGGCCGGUGGGGGAGCGUGGCUUGGUGUUUGAUCGUAUGUUCUUUUUGUUGGAUUUGAGAAGUGGACGGGGGAUGAGUCAGAAGACUUGUCCGGGUAUGGCACGGAUCAUCCCCACCCUCGACAUCGAGAUGGGGGUCAUGCGUGUACGAGUCCGGGGGUCAAAGGAGGAGUUUGAGGUUCCACUUCACCCAAGAGAAGGGGAGUUGGAGAUUUGGAAGGCACCGGCGAAGGUGUGCUAUGACACGGUCGAGUGUAAGAUCUUUACCGGCCCACGGAUCCAGAGGUUCUUCUCGGAUGCGUUGAGUACGCCCGACGCGAGGGUUACGUGCACACUAGCUAUCCCCUCCACACCGCGGCGAAUGACGAAUGAGUCCCCGUUGCUUCUCAUCAAUUCCACCAGUAUCGCUGUGCUGUGCGAUGGGAUGGAGAGGAUCCCCCCAGCUUCACUGUUUCGUCCGAAUAUUGUUGUUCGUACGCCGUUGCCGUUUGUAGAGGAUGCGAUGACGUCAUUCGUUCUCCACCAUCGCGACUCGACCCGCGGCGGGCGUGGCCUUGGGAUGACCAUGAAGAUGGAGGUUUCGGGUCCGUGUCGACGGUGUAAGAUGGUCAGUGUUGAUCAGGAGAGUGGAAAGGUGGAGUGGAAGGCGGUGUACGAAGCUAUGGUACGGAAACGGAUGAGGAGGGGGGUUGGGGUUGUGUUUGGGGUUGGUGUACGGCUUACGGGUCCAGCUGGGAUGGGGAACGGCAUUGAACUUGGGAUGGUGGUUGGAUAG